AUGAUGCUUUUUUCCCCUUUAUUUCAUUCUACAUUUUUUUUUUUCCUUUUCGGGGGAAAGGAUAGUACAGUCUCUCAGCAAGUCAAGGUUGAACCCAAAGUGAGAGAUGAAAAGCCACCAGCUCUUGAAGAUGCUGAAGUUCUUGAUGAGGUGGAAGAAAAUAAGAAAAAUGCCGCUUCAAUGUUGUGUUCAUUGGUCAUGCUGGUAUAUGGCAUAUAUUAUGGACACUAAUGAAGAGGAGAGAAUUAAGGGUCACAAGAGUUAUGUCCCCAAUAUGAUCAGUGAAGCAGCUCAAGCAGAUAUUGGUGUUCUGGUAUUUCUACCCGUAAAGGGGAAUUUGAAACUGGAUAUGAGAGGAGUGGGCAAACCCGUGAACAUGUUCAGCUUGCAAAAACUUUGGGUGUAUCUAAGCUGUUUGUGGUGGUGAACAAAAUGGACGAUCCUACUGUUAACUGGUCAAAAGAAAGAUAUGAUGAAAUUGAAUCUAAGAUGAUACCAUUUCUGAGGUCUUCAGGCUCCAACUUGAAAAAAGAUGUCCAGUUCCUACCAAUGUCUGGUCUUCUUGGUUCCAACGUGAAAAUGAGACUGGACAAGAGCAUAUGCCCCUCUUGGAAUGGCCCCUGCCUCUUUGAAGUUCUUGAUGCAGUUGAAAUUCCUCCUAGAGAUCCAAAAGGUCCUUUUAGGAUGCCUAUAAUUGACAAAUUUAAAGGCAUGGGAACUGUCAUAAUAGGAAAGGUUGAAUCUGGUACCAUGCGUGAGGGUGAUUCUUUAUUGGUCAUGCCAAACAAGGCUCAAGUGAAAGUUCUUGCCAUUUACUGUGAUGAAGAUAAGGCUGCACAUGCUGGACCUGGUGAAAAUCUGCGGGUUAAGUUAUCUGGAAUUGAAGAAGAGGACAUAUUAUCUGGUUUUGUCUUGCGUUGUGUUGCAAAAACCAAUACCUACAGUCACUGGAUUUACAGCCCAGCUGCUGAUCCUUGAGUUGCUUGACAAUGUAUGAAUGAAUCCACUUUGCAAUAUUUACAGCUGGGUAUAAAGCUUUCUUGCGCAUUCAUUCUGUUGUUGAGUAAUGUGAGAUUGUUGAGCUGCUACAACGAAUUGAUCCCAAGACAAAGAAACCCAAGAAAAAGAAAGUUCUAUUUGUCAAGAAUGGUGCUGUUGUUGUUUGCCGCAUUCAGGUGAACAACUUGAUUUGUGUUGAGAGAUUCUCAGAUUUUGCACAACUUGGAAGGUUUACUCUUCGAACUGAAAGAAAAACAGUUGCAGUGGGAAAAGUCAUGGACAUUCCUUCAAGUGCCGGUGCAUAAAAAAGUUUUGUUGUUAGAGGUGAGAAAUUAAAUUUAUAUUUUUUUUGAAAAAUACAAUCUCUAAUGGGAUGUUUAACGUAUGGCUAAUUCACUCUGACAUCUACAUCCACCGGACUCUCCUUAUGAAUGGGUGUUAAGUUGCAACACAGAAUCAUCUUAAAUGAAGUUGCCGCGUUAAUAAUAUAUUGAUGUCUUAAGGAGAGGUGAGGUGCCGAUGCCACAGGUGCUUGGCAUUGGUACUUUUGAUAUACUUAUGGGUAUGUAAUGUUUAACUUAUACACCCAUUGGCAUUUUUGGAACACAUGAUUGUAAUACAUGGUUUUCACAUCAGUUUGUUGGAAAAUAUUUAGUUUUGGUUUGGGCAUUGUUUUCCUGAAAGCAUUUAGUUUGUCAUUUGGGUUUUGGUUCAAUCUUUAUGUGUAAAAACUUAUUUACUGCUCUUUCAUCGUCUGUGGCAUCCUG